UCAGUCCACUGUUGCAGAAACUUGCGCAAUGAAGCAAGGCUUGUGUCGAAUCCUUUCGGCCCCUGGUUUGUACUGAGGAAAUUCUUUGAGGGAUUCGGGGGAGGUUUUACCAGAUUAAUGCCUUUUACGCCCUUACACGUGAAACAGACCCUAUAAAGACUUGAGCUUCAAAACUCAUUGCGCUCUACUUUAUAGUCAGAGACACAAACCAAUACCUGGGAGAAAUCAAACCGCUAAAAAUGGCGGCCUAUACUUUACCGGAGGGCUUUACUGAUUUUGAUAUGUUUGGAUUCGGCACUGCUCUGCUUGUUGAGGGUCUUCUAGGAUUUUUUCUGAACUCCAUAGCAGCGCUGUCCUUUUUGCUAAUUAAAGAGCAGAGGACUCCAAGCAACUUCAUAGUGUUCAAUCUGAAUAUUGCCGACCUUAUGCUCAAUGUGAACGGCCUCAUUCAAGCCUACGCCAGCUAUAUCAGGGUCUGGCCAUAUGGUCAGGAGGGAUGCAUCAACCAUGGCUUCCAGGGCUUAAUUUCCAUCUAUGCAGCUAUCAGCUUUCUUGCUGUGAUUUCAUGGGACAAGUAUCACUAUUGGGCUACCAAGCAGCCAUUGUUCUGGGCGACCUCUGGUACCAUAUGCACUACGGUCUGGGUAGUGGCCAUCUUCUGGGCCUCUCUCCCUCUGCCCUAUUUUGGCUGGGGUGAGUUUGACUUUGAGCCAAUGAGGGUCGGCUGCACUCUGGACUACACCAAAGGAGACAGGAACUACACAACCUACAUGCUGACUAUUACCUUUGUCUACCUCCUCGUCCCUCUAUUUGUGAUGCAUGAUUCCUAUAACACCAUCUACAAAUAUUUUAAGAAGACUCACAACUACAAGUUCAACACCACUAUCCCAGUGAAGUGUCUGCUGUUGACCUGGGGGCCUUAUGUGGUUAUGUGCAUAUAUGCCUGUGUAGAGAAUGCCAAACUGGUCUCACCAAAGCUAAGGAUGAUGCUUCCUGUGAUUGCAAAGACCUCCCCAAUAUUCCAUGCCAUUCUUUACUCAUUUACCAAUGAGGCCUACAGAGGUGGCAUCUGGCAGCUGCUGACUGGUCAGAGGGUUGCAGACAAGAGGAAAUAAAAAUGACACGAGGAAAUAGAAACGCUGCUUUAUCUGCUGUGACUGUAUGCAAACAGUGCCAAUCACAAUCACGAAUAGAUUGGAAGUAUAGAGUCCCAUGUGUGAAGAUGAAAGGAAUUCGCUGUGUUUUCUUUAAUCAGAGUUGGCGAUGUAGUAGGGUGCAUGUGUCUUUUGGUGACUUUGGUUGUUGCUUCUCCUCACCACUUUCUGCCUUAGGCACGUGCUGUUUUGGGACAUGGUAGUUGAAUCAAUUCUGCAAUAGGCCAGUUAUUUCUAAAACAGACAGAUUUGUUUUAAGGCCCACUUUCAUGGCUCUUGUGCCUUCAUUAUAUUUACCUCUUAUUCUUCAAAUAAAGAAACAUGUUGGAGGGGAUUUUUUUAAUAAAAUAAAUGGCACUGUUUCAUUC